GCAGGCACACGGGGCCUCAUCAGUGGGGUCUCAGCUCCAGGCCCAGCACCCUGUGGACCAUGUGGGUGCCUCUGGGGCCCCCAGGACAGGGGUGGUACAGCCCCUGGGGGCCUCCCCAGCAGCAGACUGGGCAUCGGUCUGGUGGGGAGGGAGCUGCUGGGGGUGACUGCAGGCUGGCAGCCCCCUGGCUGUCUCUCCCUCCUGGGCUCUCCAGCCCCAGGCUGGCCACUUCCGAAGCCCCCGACGCCAUGGAGGAGUGGGAUGUGCCCCAGAUGAAGAAGGAGGUGGAGAGUCUCAAGUACCAGCUGGCCUUUAAGAGGGAGAUGUCGUCCAAGACCAUCCCUGAGCUCCUCAAGUGGAUCGAGGACGGGAUCCCCAAGGACCCGUUCCUGAACCCCGACCUCAUGAAGAACAACCCAUGGGUGGAAAAGGGCAAGUGUGCCAUCCUGUGAGGCCCCCGCCCCGCCCGCAGGCUCUUGCUCGUAGGGAGAACGACUCUAUAAAGGUGUGACUUUUAU